AUGCGAGAAGAACCGUCCUCUGCUCAGCUAUUCAAGCCGCUCAAGGUGGGAAGAUGUCAUCUCCAACAUAGGAUGAUCAUGGCGCCGACAACUCGAUUCCGGGCCGAUGGACAGGGGGUCCCGCUUCCUUUUGUACAAGAGUAUUACGGUCAGCGUGCAUCGGUUCCUGGCACCCUCCUCAUCACCGAAGCAACAGACAUCACCCCCAAGGCGAUGGGUUACAAACAUGUCCCGGGGAUAUGGAGUGAGCCGCAGCGCGAGGCGUGGAGAGAGAUUGUUUCUAGAGUCCAUUCGAAAAAAUGCUUUAUUUUCUGCCAGUUAUGGGCGACCGGCCGCGCCGCAGAUCCGGACGUACUCGCCGACAUGAAGGACCUGAUCUCUAGUAGCGCCGUGCCUGUAGAAGAGAAGGGACCUCUUCCCCGAGCUCUGACUGAGGACGAAAUCCAGCAGUGCAUCGCAGAUUUUGCGCAGGCGGCCCGAAACGCCAUCAAUGCUGGGUUCGAUGGGGUGGAGAUCCAUGGUGCCAAUGGGUACCUCAUCGACCAGUUCACACAGAAGUCUUGCAACCACCGCCAGGAUCGAUGGGGCGGAAGCAUCGAGAAUCGAGCUCGUUUUGCGGUCGAGGUAACACGGGCGGUUAUCGAGGCCGUGGGUGCCGAUCGUGUCGGCGUCAAACUCUCCCCCUACAGUCAGUAUCUGGGGAUGGGAACAAUGGACGAGCUUGUGCCACAGUUUGAGUAUCUCAUUGCCCAGAUGCGGCGAUUGGAUGUCGCAUAUCUCCAUCUUGCCAACUCCCGAUGGCUUGAUGAGGAAAAGCCCCAUCCUGACCCUAAUCAUGAGGUGUUUGUGCGUGUCUGGGGUCAAUCCUCACCUAUCCUGCUGGCAGGCGGGUAUGAUGCGGCAUCGGCAGAGAAGGUGACGGAGCAGAUGGCGGCAGCGACUUACACCAAUGUGGCCAUUGCUUUUGGGAGGUACUUUAUCUCGACUCCAGACCUGCCCUUUCGGGUCAUGGCUGGCAUCCAGCUUCAAAAGUACGAUCGUGCCUCUUUCUAUAGCACGCUAUCAAGAGAAGGCUACCUUGAUUACCCUUUCAGCGCUGAAUAUAUGGCAUUGCAUAAUUUCCCCGUCUAA